GUUGAAGACCCUUAAUCGGGGCCCCUGUCGCCAGGGCGCGCCUUCAGAGAGUGCCCGGCUGUUGCGCGGCGAAGGCAGGACACUGACGGCGCAGCCUCAGCAUGAAGGGCGUGACGGUGGCUCUGUGGGUGUGCGUCGUGGCGUGGGCGGCGGCGGCUGUGGGCGAUGAACAGGUCUCGAGGAAGAAAAGGGAACCCCAGCAACCCGGCUUCAACUUCGGUCCCGACGGUAGCUUCCGUCCUUCCAACAAUCCUGGCUUCAACCCGGGCGGCCCCGACUGCACGGGCAACAGGAGAAACUCUCGGCGCUGCCAGAACCGUCCGACUGGCGGCCAGGUUGUUGGCCAGGGAGGAGGAGGUGUGAGCAGCGCCUUCCAGCAGAUUCCUUGGCUGAGCCAGCUCUCCAGUGACCAGCGGAACCUCCUCAUUCCAAAUCUGCCGAAGACGCCGUCGCGCGGGGCCCAGAGUCGCUUCUUCUUGCUCGGCACGGGAAAGCCCGACGUGCCCUUCCAGCAGUGCGUGACGCCCAAGUUCGAGCGCGGGCACUGCCGCUACCUCCAGCACUGCAUUCAGCCCGAGUUCGUCAACAACUUCAACGUGUUCCUUCGAUACGUCUGCUUCAUUGAGGGAGUGUACGUAGGGGUGUGCUGCCCUGACACCUUCAACAACAACAACGUCACGCCCCCUCCUCCGCCCACAACCCCCAGGCCCACGACGCCCCGCCCCGUCACCCCGCCGUCGCAGUCUCGGGGUUGCGGACUGAUCGCCAAGAGGCCGCCCACUCGCAUCGUAGGCGGAAAGGACGCCGACCCGCAGGAAUGGCCGUGGAUGGCAGCCCUCAUGAGGGACGGGGCGUCCAGCUACUGCGGCGGCGUGCUCAUCACCGACAGCCACGUCCUCACGGCCGCGCACUGCGUUGACGGCUUCGACCGCAACACCAUCACGGUGCGGCUGGGAGAGUACACCUUCGACCGGGCCGACGACACCGGCCACGUGGACUUCAGGGUGGCCGACAUCCGCAUGCACAGUUCCUACGACACGACCACCUACGUGAACGACAUCGCCAUCAUCAAGCUGCAAGGAAGCACCAACUUCAACGUCGACAUCUGGCCCGUGUGCCUCCCCGAGGGCGACGAGUCCUACGAGGGCCGCACCGGCACGGUCACAG